AUGAAAUUGUUCGUGUGCCUAGCUCUGAUUGUGAGCCUCAUUGCCGCUGUUAGCUGCGCACCGCAGUUCGGUGGUUUCGGAGCUUCCGGAUCGGCGGCUAACGCCGGCGCACAGUCGUUCAACCAGGGCGGCUUCGGUGGUGGAUUCCCAGGUGGCUUCGGAGGAGCGUCUGGAUCGGCGGCUAACGCCGGAGCGCAAUCCUUCACUCAGGGUGGUGGUGGCUUUGGACCCGGUUUCGGAGGUGGAAUGAGCGGAUCGGCCGCCAGCGCCGGAUCACAAUCGUUUACUCAGGGUGGCUUCGGACCGCACGGUUUCGGCGGUGGAAUGAGCGGAUCGGCUGCCAACGCCGCAUCGCAAUCGUUCAGCGGUUGA